AUGGUACAGCGCUUGGCCGAAUUGCCCGAUCACCACCGGCCCGAUCCGCUUCUGCCUCAGCAGAAGCCGACCGAACUCAUGGGCUGCCGAUUUGCACGACCUGUCUCAACUCUGAGGGGUGGAGGGGCGUCGGCCUGUACCUCGAGAGUGUGUCGACUGGAGCACGGAUGCCUGCAGCUCAGCUCCGUUUGUCUCGGAUCCCAGUCUGUAAUUAGCAGGAUUGGCAUUCAGCAAUUAGACGGUAGCAUUCGAACUCUUUGUUGGUCACCCCUCAUACUAGUAGAUCCUCUGGUUGUGGUAGUCAUGGCGCUGCUGCUCGGAUUGAGUCACCAUCAUUGGCCUCUUUAUCAGCGUCUCAGUUGUCUUCCCACUCUCUCCAGAGUGGGCCACUUCAACGUAAUCCCUUUUGGAGUGGCCAAUUGGGCGAGCCAAGCUGGACCUUGA